AUGGCGUUGCCCAACCCGUUUCGGAGGCGUACAGCCAACACUAGAUAUUGCUGGGGUUAUAGUUUCGAAUGGACGCCCGAACAUCUUACUCAAGAGCAAAUGAAGCCCAUGAAAUUUUCGUAUGAUGUGCUUGCAGAGGAGUGUCUCGAUCGCCUAAAUGCCAUAUCGCCACCGUACAAGAGUGCUUUGCCGAGAAAUGAUACCACCAGGACUCAGAUGGCAUCAGCGCCUGUCACUGAAGACGAAAAGAAAGAGCCCCUGCCCGUACCAAAGCGGGAUCUCUAUGCUUUACUAGAGGAACAUCACGAAUCUGACCCGAAACUCGCGGAGCUGUGGCGACAAGUAAACACUGUGCCGGACUGGGUGAAUUGGGAGCAGAUAGGCAGAGGACAGGAUGUUUUCUAUCGUUACGGAGGACCCGCUCUGACUGGCCUCACUUAUCAGUCGCUGCUAGGCGGUAUGGGUGCUGCACGAGUCGUCGAGACGUUGGCACGAACUGGAGGCUUCAGCACAAAGGUAGCAAGAGGAAGACUAUUCGAAACAAUGCAACACAUUCUACAAUGCACAAGGACGUUGGAAGGCAUACAGCCCGGUGGAGAAGGCUUUGCCUCAUCAAUCCGCGUCCGCUUAUUACAUGCUGCAGUCCGGCAGCGCAUCAUGAAGCUGGUGCGUGAGCGGCCCAGCUACUUCAACGUAGACGAAUGGGGCAUACCAAUCAACGAUUUGGAUCAAAUAGCCACAAUUGGUACUUUCUCGUCGACACUUGUAUAUAUCAGUUUCCCACGCCAGGGCAUCAUCCUCCGCCAACAGGAGAUCGACGACUAUUUCGCACUAUGGCGCUAUAUUGGUUAUAUCAUGGGCACGCCCGACGAGUUACUUUCGACUCACACGAAAGCAAAAGCCAUUAUGGAGUCCCUUCUCUACUAUGAGGUUCAGCCUUCGGACAUGUCAAAGGUCAUGGCCAACAACAUUAUUUAUGCGCUCAAGGAAGAGCCGCCCACCUUUUCUUCAGCAGAUAUGCUGACAGCCAGCGCCCGUUGGCUAAAUGGCAACACACUGUCUGACCGGCUUGGCUUGAAGCGUGUAUCGGCGUACUACUGGUCUCUCAUGGCAGGCCAGUGUCUCUUCUUCAUCUUCUACUGCUACACCUACCGCCUCUUCCCCAAUGCCGACCGCAGGAGGAUCGAGCGUGCAAAGGACAUCUUCUGGAAUCUGAUUAUAAAUUCAAAGUGGGGGUUGGCUGGUACGGAGACGAGGUUCGAUUUUAAAUACGUCCCACAGUACGAUACAUUGACUCACUUGGGAGAUAUUGGUGAGAGGAAGCAGCAGCGGUUCAGUAACGAAAUGAGGAACCUGAAAGCGUUGGGUAUUGCGGUUGGAGCGCUGACGUUAGGGACGAUUGUUUCAGUCAAGAUUGCUUUGCAUGUUGUGGGAAGGGUGUGGUGA